AUGAUACGCAAAAAGGUACUUGGGGUUGGCGUAACCUCAGCCACCAUGCUUGUAGAAGAUACUGAAAAUGGAAAUAGAUUAUGUGUACUGAAACGAAUAAAUGUUUCCACGUGGGGAACCAAAGAUGUUACAGAGGCACAUGAAAUGUACAAAUUACUUUCUCAGUCCAAUAUUCGUGAUAUGGUAGAGUUAAAUAAAGUACUUCUACAAAACUCUUUUUUAAGCUUCGUCACCUCUUAUUGUCCAGGAGGUAAUUUGGAAGAGUAUUUAGAAGAAAGAUUAACUACUCCUCUUGAUGAGAAAAUAGUUGUACGAUGGUUAUUAGUUAUGGCUAUGGUUUUAAAACGAGUUCAAAGUCUAUCAGAUAUUUCUUAUUAUGGUCUUGAACUUAAACAUAUAUUCUUAUCAACAAAUGGACGUGAUAUUUCUGUAGGACUUCCUAUUCCACGCAUGUCCUACUUCACACGAUUAUCCGAUCGUGAGUCUAAUCAUGUUUCCCUAGAACUGGAGUAUCCACCGGAAGUCACCAAAGAACAGAAAUAUCAUAUGGGUCCUAGUGAUGUUUGGCAUUUGGGACUUAUUGGAAUGAAAUUACUGACAGCCCAUGCGAAUUUCACACAGCGAUCGAAUGAACUUCGCCGAUGUAUUUCUAUCAUGAUGGAAUCUAGAUUAGACAAACGACCCAGAAUUCAUGAGGUUGUACGCAUGCUGUCGGCAUUACUUGGCGAUGAUGAGGAAUUAAUGCAUGGACGCCAUGAUCCACUGAGUUCAUUCUCCUCCAAUCAAUUCGUUACGCCGAUCUCAUUAGAAACCGCCACUCGCACAACCGCCAUCGGCACAGACGACUCCAACAGUGAUGAGAAGAACAGAGGAAUGGAGCCGGAGGAAACACACCCGCACGAUGAAGUACUGCGGAAUGGGGGACGACAUCGACUACCGCCGAGUUGGCACCGCCGGGCAAUGGAAAGAUUUGAGGAACUCCAGCGAUUAAACGCAAGUCCCAUACGUGGAAAGUCCCGCAAUGCCUCUCGCAAUGCCUCUCCCUCUAAUAACGGAAGACGAUUGGGUUCCACAUCGUCAGAGAAGCAAACAUCACAGUUACUACCGCAGACCCCCACACAAGGGAAUGCCCACGGCAGAACCUCCAGUGUUUCUUCACCCGUGGCUGGAAAAGGAAUGGAUCGCCGUCGACUUCGCAGUAGUGGUGGUAGUAAUAGUAAUGGUAGUCCUGCUGGAGGAGGGACGGCAAUAAGUAUAACGCAGCAAAUGAUGAAUGAACAGAUGGAGCAGCAGCGUAAACGGGAGAUGUUAAAACAAGAUUAUGAUGAAAAACGAUGGAAACAGAUGGAAAAGGAACGUUUAGCUCAAGAUGCCCAUCGUAAUCAUAUGGAUAAAAUGAAAAAUAUCCGUACUAAAAGAGGUGAGGAAACAAAGAAUGAUAUUCGCAAAUACAUCAAACAAUGGAAAGAACAACGGAAAUCUUCAACUGAUGAACAUGUUGUUGUGAGUGAGCAGAACGGUGUCUCUGUCUUCGCCCCAAAGACUGCCCCAACACAACAAGAUGAACCACAACAACAACAAAAACAAGUAGGAUCAUCAUCCCCACGGCCACCGCCACCAUCACAGCCUACAAAACAACCACAACAAAGGCCACAAGAAGUAUUCACUCCAAAGAGAGUUACUAAAAACAACGCUGGGGUGGUAGGAAUGGAGAGAGCCAUUACAAGAAUAGAUACACAACCGGUAGUUGCCCAGAGAAGAGCAGAAGCCAUCAACCAACCACCACUACGUCCACUCACAGCUCCACCCCGCGUACAAACACCACCUCCUAUGGGCCCAACACGUUGUGCUUCUGUAUUUAUUGAACGUGGGAUAAGUCCAGAUGUUCCCUCAACACGUGCACACUUUGCUGAAACGGUUCCACCACCGGGAACUUGCUUCUCUUUACCCAAGGCAGUUUCAAAUAUGUUUUCUGUUCGCUCGAGUGUUAGUAAUAGCAUGUCCAUUAGCAAUGGGGGUAAUAGUGCUCCUCUCAAUAUGGCUCAACCAAUAUUAGCAACUCCAUCUUCUUCUGAUUUUUCGCUUUCGCGUAGUAUUGAUGUUGAACAGAGCAGAAACAAGGCAUCACUUGGUGGUAAACGUACCGAUGUUGCUCUUCUUUCAACUCUUGAGAUGUCUAAAACUUGUCUUCGUAAUUCUCUGAUGAAGCUACUUGUAAAUAGGAAGGUUUAUAUGGAAGCCAUGGAUGUUGUUAGUGCCUUUGUACUCCUAUCUGAAGCUGAACGACAUAAUCCCCGGUUUAAUGUAGUUUUUAUGAAUACACUUCGUGAAGUUCUUGGCAAUGAGCAACUCUUCGCCGCCGCAGGGCCGAUGUGUGCGCAAUUGGUGGCACUGCAGGGUCUCUCACAAGUAGUUUGA